AUGUCAAAUAAGUCAUUAAUUAACAAAGGUAUUUCCCGUUUUCGUCCUGCACAAUGGUUACAAAAGAAAGGACUCGCUCCUCAUGUAUAUUUAUUUCGUAAUUUAGAGAAAGGUCAAGUGGUUUAUUCUCAAAUGCCAUUGGUUUCUCAAAGACAGAUCGAUCCAUUGUUUUUAAGACCUAACUGGGAUAAUAAGAAACCUUCCACGAGGAGAGAUUUAUGGAAAUGUAUGGCUGUAGUACGCGUACCGUCACAUUUAGCUGCAGUACAACUAUUUCAAAAUUUAAGUAGAUUAAGAUAUAUGAGAGAUGUAUUGUAUUCUCGAGAGAAUGAUAAGUUAAGAAUGAAGAAUGACAUGGGUAGAGUGUGGCAUAGUGGUCAUUUUAGACCAGGGUUUGCUCAAGAGGCAGUCGCUGAUUUAAAAGAAUCCUUAUUAAAAUUAGAUGAUAACUCAGGAGGAGAAGCUACAAUUUUUUGGGAAGAUCCCUGGAGAAUGGGUGAUUUGGAGAAAUAUUGGACUAAAGAACUUCCUAGUGUGAAACAUGAAAUGAUUGAUCGUAAUUGUAACGUCGCUAGAGAGGAGAGUCAAAUCUUAAAAGAAUUAGCACAACAAACUUUAGAAUCCAUGGAGAAACCUUAA